GUCGUUUCUUCUUCCAUCACUCCAGCCGCCAAUCCGUGAGGUAAGUCGUCGCGCAGCAGACAUGCUGCAUCACUAUAGCCUUCGAGUGCCCUUCAGGUAGCCCAGGUUGGCGCAUCGCUUCUCUCUUUCACUGGAGGGAGCGACACCGUCAGUCUGACAUGGACGAGCUGAAGAACCCUUCUGGUCGCACAUCCGCUUGCGCAUCCCGAAGGGCACUCUUUGCGCUCAUGGCUUCUGAGGGCUAACAUGUAUAUUCUUCGCAUCAGCAGAUACCUCCUACCGCCACAACUCGCCGUUUGAGAAUCUCGCCCGACAACCGCAAAAAUGGUCAAGACUUCCGUCCUCAACGAUGCGCUCAACGCCAUGAACAACGCCGAGAAGAGCGGCAAGCGCCAGGUCCUGAUCCGUCCUUCUUCCAAGGUCAUCGUCAAGUUCCUCUCUGUCAUGCAGAAGCACGGCUACAUUGGCGAGUUCGAGGAGGUCGACGACCAUCGCAACGGCAAGAUUGUUGUCCAGCUUAACGGCCGUCUCAACAAGACCGGUGUCAUCUCUCCCCGCUACAACGUCCAGCUCCGCGACAUGGAGAAGUGGGUUGUCAAGCUCCUUCCCUCGCGUCAAUUCGGUUACAUUGUCCUGACCACCUCUGCCGGUAUCAUGGACCACGAGGAGGCCCGCCGCAAGCACGUUGCCGGCAAGAUCAUCGGUUUCUUCUACUAGACGCUGUCUGGACAAGGAGUUGCCAUGGACUGUGCACGUCU